CGGAGCCCCAGCGAGGAGACCGACACCCUCACGGCGGAGCCAAGGACGUCCUCGUAUAAUCGGAGAAGGAAAGGGGCUCCUCGCGCCUCUCCCCCCUCGUUCUCCUGGAGGAUUUAACCCACCGCAGGCUACAGUUCCAGUGGAAACCGCCGUGCAGACCAUGUGGCAGGAGCCGGGAGUGCUUUCGACCGGCCCCGGGGGCCUCCCCUAGCCUGGGGGACCAGGACCCUCCGCGCCCCCCUGCAAUCCCUCUCCCUGUCUCCCACCCCCUCCCGCUGGUGGCUCCUCUCCGACGUCGACGUCGUGAUCGUCGUCGCUUGAGUUAAGUUCCAUCUCCCCAACUCUCCUGGGGAGCUACAAUCGGAUUGCCAGAAAUGAGAGAUUAAGUGCUGGCGUUGAGUCCUGCCUAACCAUGAAGUGCUUUGUCCCCGUGCUGAGUUGUCUGGCUGUGCUGGGUGUGGUGUCGGCACAGAGGCAGGUGGCCGUGCAGGAGGGACCCCUGUACCGCACCGAGGGCUCCCACAUCACCAUCUGGUGCAACGUUAGUGGCUUCCAGGGCCCAGCCGAGCAGAACUUCCAGUGGUCCAUCUACCUGCCAUCGGCCCCGGAGCGCGAGGUGCAGAUCGUCAGCACAGUGGACCCCUCCUUCCCCUAUGCCAUCUACACGCAGCGCGUCCGCGGCGGCAAGAUCUUUGUGGAGAGGAUCCAGGGCCACGCGGCAUUGCUGCACAUCACCGACCUCCAGGCCCGAGACGCAGGCGAAUACGAGUGCCACACGCCCAACACGGACGAGCGCUACUUCGGGAGCUACAGCGCCAAGAUGACCCUCGUGGUGAUCCCAGAUACCCUGCAGGCCACCGCCAUGCCCCAGACCCUGCACCGGGUGGAGCAGGAUGCCCUAGAGCUCAGCUGCGAGGUGGGCACAGACACAGAGCAGCAUAGCCACGUGUCUGUGUCCUGGCUGCGGCAGAACGGAGGCGAGAUGCCGGUGGAAGUCAUCUCCCUGAGCCGGGACUUCGUGCUGCACUCCAGCAGCGACUAUGCCCAGCGGCAGAGCCUGGGCGAGGUGCGGCUGGACAAGCUGGGGAGGACCACCUUCCGCCUCACCAUCUUCCACCUGCAGCCCUCUGACCAGGGCGAGUUCUACUGCGAGGCUGCCCAGUGGAUCCAGGACCCCGAUGGCUCAUGGUACGCCAUGACCCGGAAGCGCUCCGAGGGUGCAGUGGUCAACGUCCAGCCUACCGACAAAGAUUUCACGGUCCGGCUGGAGACUGACAAGCGGCUGCACACGGUGGGCGAGCAGGUGGAGUUCCGGUGCAUCCUGGAGGCUCAGAACAUUCCAGAUCGCUACUUUGCUGUCUCCUGGGCCUUCAACAGCUCGCUCAUCGCCAGCAUGGGCCCCAACGCCGUGCCUGUCCUCAACAGUGAGUUCGCCCACCGGGAGGCCAAGGGACAGCUGAAGGUGUCCAAGGAGAGUGAUGGCGUGUUCGUGCUGAAGAUCUUCCACCUCCGCCAGGAGGACAGCGGCAAGUACAACUGCCGCGUGACGGAGCGUGAGAAGACUGUCACCGGCGAGUUCCUGGACAAGGACAGCAAGCGCCCCAAGAACGUCCCCAUCAUCGUGCUCCCGCUCACAGAUGACUGGGUAGUUAAAGUCCCCCAGCACCACCAGAACCUGCCCCAAGGCCACUUGGAGAGCAGUAUCUCCGUGGAGGUGUCCAGCAACACCAGCACGGUCCUCGAGGGUGAGAGCCUGCGCUUCCUGUGCAGCGUGCGUGCGGCGGGCCGGCCGCAGGGCCGCUUCUCUGUCAUCUGGCAGCUGGUGGACAGGCAGCACCGCCGCAACAACGUUAUGUGGCUGGACCGCGACGGCACCGUGCAACCAGGCUCCACCUACUGGGAGCGCAGCAGCUUUGGGGCCGUGCAGAUGGAGCAGGUGCAGCCCAACGCCUUCAGCCUGGCCAUCUUCAACAGCAGGAAGGAGGAUGAGGGCCAGUAUGAGUGCCAUGUGACCGAGUGGGUGCGGGCCGUGGACGGCGAGUGGCAGAUUGUGGCCGAGCGCCGAGCCAACACGCUGGUCUCUAUCACAGCUUUGGACACAGGUUUUGCGGUGACAGCCAUCUCGAGGACACCAGGGGUGACCUACAGCGACUCGUUCGACCUUCAGUGCAUCAUAAAGCCGCACUACCCCACCCGGGUCCCCCUGUCAGUGACGUGGCGCUUCCAGCCCGUGGGCACCGGGGCCUUCCACGACCUGGUGACCUUCACACGGGAUGGCGGCGUCCAGUGGGGGGACAGGUCCUCCACCUUCCGGACGCGGACCGCCAUCGAGAAGGCUGAGGCCAGCAACAGCGUCCGCCUGAGCGUCAGCCGGGCGAGUGACACGGAGGCGGGCAAGUACCAGUGCGUGGCGGAGCUGUGGCGCAGGAAUCACAACAGCAGCUGGACGCAGCUGGCCGAGAGAACCUCCAACCUGCUGGAGAUCCGGGUGCUGCAGCCAGUGACGAAGCUGCAGGUGAGCAAGUGGAAGCGCACGCUGUCGGUGGUGGAGGGCGGCUCCAUCCAGCUCAACUGCUCGGUGCGCGCGCAGACCAGCGCGGACUCACGCUUCGCCGUGCUGUGGUACGUGCACCGCGCCGCCGACGCCGACGGCAAGCUCAUCCUCAAGACCACGCACCGCGCCGCCUUCGAGUACGGCACCUACGCCGAGGAGGCGCGGCUGCGCGCGCGCCUGCAGCUCGAGCGCCUGGCGGCCGGCGGCCUCUUCAGCCUCACCGUGCACCGCGCCGAGCUGGCCGACAGCGGCAGCUACUACUGCCACGUAGAGGAGUGGCUGCUCAGCCCCAACUACGCCUGGUACAAGCUGGCCGAGGAGGUCUCGGGGCGCACGGAGGUCACCGUCCGCCAGCCAGACAGCCGCCUGAAGCUGAGCCAGGCGCAGGGCAACCUGUCGGUGCUGGAGACGCGGCGCGCGCAGCUGGAGUGCGUGGUGCUGAACCGCACGAGCACGGCGUCGCAGCUGGCCGUGGAGUGGUUCGUGUGGAAGCCCAACCAGCCGGAGCGGGAGACGCUGGCGCUGCUGGGCCGCGACCACACCUUCAGCUACGGCGAGCAGGCGGCGCGGCAGCGGCUGCGCGGGCGGCUGCACGCCGAGAGCCCGGCGCCGGGCGUGUUCCGGCUGCAGGUGGACGACGUGGCCGUGCAGGACAGCGGCGCCUACAGCUGCCGCGUGGAGGAGUGGCUGCCCGGGCCCGGCGGCGCCUGGUACAAGCGCGCGGAGGACACCGCGGGCCCCACCACCCUGACGGUGCUGCGGCCAGAUGCGGCCCUGCAGGUAGACUCGGUGGUCCCCAACACCACCGUGUCGGAGAAGGCCACCUUCCAGCUGGACUGUAGCAUCGUGUCCCGCUCAAGCCAGGACUCACGCUUUGCCGUAGCCUGGUACUCCCUGAGGACUAGAGCCGGAGGGAGGAGGGGCAGCCUUGGUCCGGAGAGCGAGGAGGAGGAGUUGAAGGAGGAGGAGCGGGACAGGGAGGAGCAGGAGCCGGAGGAUCCCACAGAGCGGACUGUACUGCUGAGUGUGGACCCCGAUGCCGUCUUCGGCCCUGAGGGUGGCCCCUGGCAGGGCCGGCUCCGCUUCCAGAGGCUGUCACCCCUGCUGUUCCGCCUCACCGUGCUACGAGCCAGCCCCCAUGACACGGGCAACUACUCCUGCCGAGUGGAGGAGUGGCUGCGGGGCCCCCAGGACUGGUACCGGCUCACGGAGGAGGAGUCCGCCCCCGUCAGCAUCCGAGUGCUGGACACCGGCCCCACGCUGCAGUCUCUCAUCUGCUCCAACGACGCGCUGUUCUACUUCGUCUUCUUCUACCCGUUCCCCAUCUUCGGCAUCCUCGUCAUCACCAUCCUGCUCGUGCGUUUCAAGAGCCGGGGUGCGGGCCGUGGCGCGGAGGGGAAGAACGGGGUGCCGCUGCUGUGGAUCAAGGAGCCGCACCUCAACUACUCCCCAACCUGCUUAGAGCCCCCGGCGCUCAGCAUCCACCCGGGGGCCAUCGACUAGCGGGCCGUGGGGCCCCCGGCAGUGCCGGCACCCACCGCGGCUGCCGGGAAAACACCACU